CACCAGGGACCAGAACCGUCGCAUACACGGUGGCGAACGCAGUCUCGGCACUCCGAGUACCAAACGCUUCUAAAUAUCUUCGCGUCGUGUCCACUCGAUUCCCUUGUGACUAGUGGCUAGUGUGGACCGUAAAUCUAGAAAAAUGGCACCGCAGACCAGUUACGCGCCUGUGGCCGGUAUGGAAUACGAAGAGCCGGUGUCCAGGACGUACCAGUACAGGAAGGUGAUGAAGCCGAUGUUAGAACGGAAGAGGCGAGCAAGAAUCAACCGCUGCCUCGACGAGCUCAAGGAUCUGAUGGUGACGGCUCUCCAGGCCGAGGGCGAGAACGUGGCCAAAUUGGAGAAGGCCGAUAUUCUCGAAUUGACUGUACGUCAUCUCCACACCCUCAGAGACGCCAGAAGACUCACCCUGACGCCGGAGAACAGCUACGCGGACAGAUUCAGAGAAGGAUUCACGCAAUGCGCACAGGAAGUGUCCUCGUUUCUGUCGACUCCUGUGGCCGCCGCGGUUCAUCCCGCCGCCGGUGCGCAGUUGAUGAGACAUCUUGGCGGAUGCUUGAGAAGGCUGGAAGGACCUGCGGGAAACAGUUCCUCCGGGAAUCAGACGAAGGUGGCUCCUGCUAGUCCUGCGACCAACGUGAUGGUCAACGUGCCGCAGAAUGUUUACACGCCGCCGCAGAGUCCUGUCAGUGUCGCCAGCUCUUCGGGAGAAUCCACCGAAUCGAACGCUGUAUGGAGACCUUGGUGAUGAAGAGACCUUGGUGUUUGUUCAUUCAUUUGGACGUACCAUUCCUUCCUGGUGAAACGAAGAUUUUUGGAGGGAAAACGACGAAUCAUUGUCUUCCAUACGUUGAAUAAUUGUUGAGUCUCGAUUGAGAGACGCAGUUUGUACAUUCGCGUUGUUCUACUUCCUUUUUCUCAUUAUUCUAUGUAAAUAAUAGGUGAUGAAGCUUUAAGUGACCGUCUGUGAUAGGGUUCAAUUCCGUACCUGAGAUAACUAUGUUCUCGUAAUGUAAGAUGAUUAUUAUUAUAUAGAUUAUAACUUGUUAUGUUUAAGAGACAGUUUUCCAUUUUUUUUUUUUAGACGUAAAGAUACAGUCGGUGUUCUUUGUUAAAACCGCGCGUCGUAUUCAAUAAACGGAUUGUUUUAAUACUA